AUGCCCGUAACACUGGAGCACUACUUACGAGCGUUCUGCAACUACGAACAAGAUGAUUGGGCAGAGCUCCUCCCGUUGGCGGAGUAUGCUUACAACAACUCGGUUACCACCGCCACGGGUCAAUCUCCGUUCUAUACCAAUUACGGUUAUAACCCAAGAACCAACUGGCCGACGGAAGCCGAAGUGGUCAACCCAACCAGUGACCUGUACGCUCACUUCAUCCGAGGAGUUCAUGAUUCUGCUCUCGUUCGCUUAACAGAUACCAGAGAGAAGAUGGGGAAAUACUAUGAUCGGAAAAGGGACGAACCGCCUAACUUCAAGGUGGGAGACAUGGUUAUGCUCAAUGCGAUCAAUAUCAAGACCCGUCGCUCCACCAAAAAGCUCGAUCAUAAGAAACUCGGCCCGUUCAAAAUCAUCCGACUAGCCGGAAAACGAGCCUGUGAAUUGGAACUGCCACCACAAGUCAAAAUUCAUAACCUGUUCCACAUCGAACUCUUGGAACGUUAUCGACAGAGCAGUAUCCCAGGCCGCGAACAACGUCCCCCAACUCCCGAAGAGGUCGACAAGGAAGGAGAGGUUCUGUAUGAAGUGGAAAGUAUUGUGGGAAGUCGGAAGAGUAGAAAAGGAUUAGUGGAAUACCUGGUGAAAUGGCGGGGCUACUCAAUGAGCGACUGCACUUACCAAGUCAUGGACGUUAUGGACGAAGAUGUACUUGAUCUAGUCCGCGACUUUCAUCGAAGGAACCCCAAGGCCGUGAGGGACCAACGCCUGAGACUAUAG